GCCUUUUUUUACGUUGUAUUAAACAGUAUACACAUACAGAAGCAGUCCGUGUCUUCAAAAAGGUACCUACUCCGUAGGAGACAUGGUUGCAUUUCAGGCAUCACUCAGGGCCAAAAUGCCCCACCAGCCAGAAACCAUCCUUUCACUGCUUGUGCGCACUCAGUCAGCUGACACUCAAAGUCACGUGAUUGAAUUUUGUAGGCAGAUAGAGUGCACACGGUUGCUGGUAAACAUCUUGCUGGGUUUGAAACAAAGUUUCUAGUUAUUGUAUAUUAUAUCCUCGCACGUCCAACAUGGCUUGGACAAAGUAUCAACUCUUUCUUGCGGGUCUUAUGCUCACAACCGGCUCUAUCAACACGCUAUCAGCAAAAUGGGCUGACAUGUUCUCCGCAAAGGGUUGUAAAGACUCCCCUGAACACGCAUUCGCCCACCCAUUUGUACAGGCCGUAGGGAUGUUCCUGGGGGAGCUCAGUUGUCUGGCUGUCUUCCACAUGCUGCUUUGUCAUGACAGACGGAGACCAGAGCCCAAGUUGAACACGGGCCAGAGCUUCAACCCCCUCCUUUUCCUUUCCCCUGCCCUCUGUGACAUGACCGCGACCUCCAUCAUGUAUGUUGCUCUGAACAUGACGAGCGCCUCCAGCUUCCAGAUGUUGCGCGGGGCAGUGAUAAUCUUCACAGGCCUGCUCUCGGUGGCCUUCCUAGGGCGCCGCCUGGUAGCCAGUCAGUGGACAGGCAUCCUCAUCACCAUCCUGGGGUUGAUAGUGGUGGGCCUGGCUGACUUCAUGAGCGGACACAAGGACGACUCUCACAAACUUAGCGAGGUCAUCACUGGUGACCUUCUGAUCAUCAUGGCCCAGGUCAUUGCUGCUGUCCAGAUGGUUCUGGAGGAGAAGUUUGUCUACAAGCAUGAUGUUCAUCCUUUACGGGCAGUGGGCACUGAAGGGUUCUUUGGCUUCUUCAUCCUCUCGCUCCUCCUCAUCCCCUUUUUCUACAUCCCGGUGGGCAGCUUCAGCAACAACCCCCGCCAUGUCCUUGAGGACGCGCUGGACGCCUUCUGCCAGAUCAGUCACAACCCCAUGAUCAUCCUGGCGUUGCUCGGUAAUACAGUGUCCAUCGCCUUCUUCAACUUUGCCGGCAUCUCUGUCACCAAGGAGAUCAGUGCCACCACGCGCAUGGUGCUGGACAGCCUGCGCACUGUGGUCAUCUGGGUGGUCAGUCUGGCUCUGGGCUGGGAGCAGUUCCAUGGGUUACAGGUGUUGGGUUUCAUUGUGCUGUUGGUGGGUGCGGCUCUGUAUAAUGGGCUUCAUCGCCCCGUGCUAGCAAGGAUUCUGUGCUGCGCCAGUGUGGAGGAGGAAGAAGUCAACCCAGUGGAGAGGACGAGAUUGCUGGACGAGGGAAGGGUGCAGGAAGAGGGCUAACUGACCUGAUAUGAUGACCCCACAACAUGCUGAAAGUGUGUGUGUGUAUGACAUGUAGAUAACAUUACCCUGUCGUACUCCACACCAUGCGUGUGUGACAUAGACAACUACAUGACAAUAUCUUUAAAACUUUUAACGCCUGGUUGUAAAUUCCAGGUGACAUAUAUUGAUAGGAUCUUGGACUAGCCCUCCUCAAGGCUUGCUGCAGCAUCGGUUAAAUGUGUCAGUGGUGGCAGGCAUCUUAUACAUCCCCAAAAGGUUAACCAUAACAUUGUUUGAUAGAGUGCGCUACUGUGGUCAUUGAUACAGUAGCUUGCAAAAGUAUUCAUCCCCCUUGGCAUUUUUCCUAUUUUGUUGCCUUACAACCUGGAAUUAAAAUAGAUUUUGGGGGGGUUUGUAUCAUUUGAAUUA